AUGCCCAUCUACAAAACAACUUUCGUUGGUGGGCAGGGGGGGGCUGUGGGGAAAUGGGAUAUCUGGCCUGUUUCCGUCAGUGCUGCAUCUGCUUACAAGACUACGAACCAGGCGACGAAAUCAAGUCUCUUCCGGUGUGCGGUCACAGAUUCCACGAAUCGUGUAUCGACAUGUGGCUGGAAGGGAGGAGAACCUGCCCAGUGUGCAGGGCGAAUCUGA